GGGGGUUUAUCUUUUUGCGUGUGGCUAGUUUUGGACAUGUCCCACGUCCAGUUAUCGUGCAGCGCGCUGGAGCGGCUGGUGGCCCGGAGGACCUUCCCCCUCCACCGGCGCACCGGCGUGUGCCGCAACCUCUUCGGGCCGGUGGACCACGACGAGCUGAGCCGGGACGUGAAAGCCGCCCUGCGGGAGGUUUCCGAGCGGGACCAGCAGAGGUGGAACUUUAACUUCGAGGCCAACGCGCCCCUGGACGGGGAUUACGAGUGGGAGGAGGUGCCCGUGGAUAACGCGCCGGCGUUUUACCGGGACGCGGCGGCGCCGGGAGACCGGACCCGAGCCCCGGCGACGCCCGUGAAGCAGCAGAGCCCCUUCCCGGACUCUGCCCUCCCGGAGAGUCCUCCUGCGGACGUACUGGAGCGCUUGGCCGCCCCCGAAAGCGUUGGCGUCGGAGGCAGUGCCCGCCCGGCGGAGGCCAACCAGGAGAACCGCGCGGACAAGCUGAACUCAGGGAGCCGGACGCAGGCUCCGCGCGCCGGCCGCAGGAGACCGGCCUCUCCGGACACCAACGCGCACAUCACAGACUACUUCGUCAAACGGAAGAGGCCUGCUGAUAGAAAAGCGAAUGACAUGAGCUCUUGCCACCUUUCCAAGUCUCCAAUCCCGCUGGAACAAACUCCACGAAAGAGGAUCCGUUGAAGAUGCCGUGUUUUUUUCUCUAUCCUUUUGCACUAUUUCUUGAGGAUUUCUGUUGAGGAAGAAAAAGAAGAAGAAGAUGGGGGGAGGGGGGAGAGGUUGUUGGUGGAAAAAGCCGUUUUUUAUUCCCGUCGGAGGAAAGAAAAAAAGAGGACGGAGGGGGAAACAAAGAAGUCCCGGCCGUGGCUCUGCUCUCCGGACCGGACUCUCAGGACUCAACGGUUUGGUGGACGGAGAGGGGACAGACGGAGAAAAAAACCAACAACAACAACAACAAAGCAAGUCAAAACACAAAUAAGAGAAGCUCCACCUAACGACUUCUAUCCAGUACAAAUGUAGCAUUCAUUGUUGCUUUUGCAUACAGCCACUCGACAGUGUUAAAUGUUUUAACAUCUGUGCAAUCCUAAAAGAAUUUCUUUAAAAGAAUACACUGGCCAAAAGUGUACAGCUUUAUAGAGACAACAGCCUAUAAAUGUUUAUUUCUGUUUCUGUUUUUGUUUUUCUGUCAAAUGUAUAUAUAUUUUUAAGUUUAUUCUAACUUAAGUUAUUUGUGUUUCUAUUUAAGUUUCUGUUUAUUUGUUAAAUGCCUCCUUGGUUUAGACAACGGGGAUAUCUCUAUUUUUUAUCUUAAUAUUUGCUGUUUUGUUUAUUUUAUUAUUAUUUUUUUUGCAAUCAUGUAGCUUCACCAUAGUUGUACACACUUGAAAGAUAGUUGUCUUUGUCUCUGAGCCGUUUGUGUUUUUUCAUACAAGUGCCCUGAUUAUGUCUUGUUUGAAGAUGAGAAUAAAAAAAAAAAUUCUUUCACUGCAA